AUGACCGUCACCUGUGAAACGUGGUCCGACCGACGGACCGACCCACCCACCCACCCACCCUUCCACCGAGCCAAUCUACCGACCCACCCACCUCCCCAUCCCACCCACCUUCCCAUCCACCGAAGGAGAGGUUGGAGUGAGCUAUGUUUACAUUUUCACUGUGCAGGGCAAGACGUCAGCUAUGAGGUGGUUGAGAGUCACGCCACCCUGCCAGUCUUGACUUGGUGGGAGUCGAUAGGCAAAUAUCCUGAUUAUGUCAUCUCCUGUGAGACGCAACAGAGAUGUCUCGUGUCCAGGAACAAGACACGACUGCAGCAUCAGGAAGUCAUGAUGUACGUAUUUUACGGCUCAUUCUUUCUGUCGAGUGGUCUUCCUUUUCCAAGGAAGGAUGGCGAUAUUUGGGCAUUGAUCCACGAAGAGUCGCCCAUGAACAAAGAUUGGCUGUUUUCAUUCAGGAGCACUAUAGAGCUGUUCAACUACACAUCGACUUUCAAGAGGGGAUCUGACUACCCGCUCACCACCCACUGGCUGACAAACAAAGAGACACUGCUCAGUAAAGAAUAUUUAGUCCCCACAGACAGAAAGGACGUGAUGAGGACAGAUGGUGGCCUAGCUCCAAUUAUAUUUGUCCACAGCGACUGCAACACACCAUCCAACAGGGAGCAGUACGUCAAGACAAAGAUACAUGCAGUGUGGAAUGAAGAACAAAGCACUUUGCAACUAUUAAACUGUAACCAUUCUCUUUCUGUUGCAUAUAGAUUCAAGAAUCUCGACGGUAUAGCAGGCUUCUUGAAGCCAGACUUUUUGAGACUUGUCGCCCGCUACAAGUUUGCUAUAGCUUUUGAGAACGCCAUCUGUGACGACUACAUCACAGAGAAGUUGUGGCGCCCUCUACAGGUGGGAACUGUCCCUAUUGUGCUCGGCUCGCCGACAAUCAGGGACAUUUUACCAUCCACCAAAUCAGCGAUUCUGGUCGAAGACUUUGACACUAUUCAAGACUUGGCUGCGUUCAUCAAGCAGCUUGAUCGGAACGACGAACAGUAUGAGUCAUACCUCCAAUUCAAACACACGGGUAUUUCAAAUCCAACGCUGAAGUCAGAACUCGCCCGGAUAUCACCAGGGAAGUAUGCAGGUGGCAGUUUUGGGAAGGCUGCUUUAGGAUAUGAGUGUUUCCUCUGUGACAAACUUCACAAGGCGCUUGAUGCAACUAAAGCCGGGAAGCCUGUCGCGAAAGCACAGGCAAAUCUGAACCAUUCUGGAUGUCCUUUACCUGCACAGAAAUUUGACGAAAACGGCCAAAUCGUCCCCGACCAUCGCCGAAAGCAUAAGUUGGCAUUCUACCAUAUGAACGCGCAGGUGUUCCGCCAGUUCUAUGACAGGGCUGAGAACAUCACGUCUCACGACCUGUACACAGCCACAAAACAACGAUUGAGAAAGGCGCAGGCGAAACAGGAAGACUUGUAGAGCAGGUUUUACUAGGAUAAAAAGUAACUUAUGGAGUUUACUUGAAUCUGUAUUUUAAAACACAAAACCCGCCUGCAUCCAUUAACAAAUAUAUUAUAUCUGACGUGAUAGAUGUUUAGUACUUGUCUUUUACUUACAGUUGCAAACUUUAUCCCACGAGGAGUGCGAGUGAUCA